UAUAAUAAUAAUAAGGGUGGAAAAGAAAGCAAAUCCGCAGCCCCUUUAAUGGGGGAUGCCAGAAAGGCAGACGUGAAAGAUACCAACAUGGAAGAGCGAGCUGUCUUGGCAAAUAUAGCCACAAUUAUUACAAAGGAUCUGCUCAUCGAUGAGCCUUCCAGUCGCAGCAGCAAUGCCAGCUUCUUUUCCACCAAUUAUCCGCUGCUCGAAGCCAGUGACGAUGAGGCGGAAAUCUUUGCGCUAAUGCAGCAAAAACGAGUACCGGCCAAGGGAAAACUGAAGCGGUCACAUUUCGUGGAGCCUGCAAUGGCGGCAAGAGCAUCUAGCAAAGUGGCAAAAUUGGAGUGGAAAUACUCUGAGCUGAAUUUGUUGCAUCGCUAUGUGGAUGCACAGUUCGAAUCCUAUUUGCAUAUGCGUAAACUGACCUAUCUGAAAAUCCAGCAGUCGCUGGAGGGGAUGCUGCUGCGGCAUGCUGUGCCCGGCUCGCCAGCGCCGCAGACAACUUUCUCGCUGGCCUUGUGGAAACUGGCAACGGACGAGCAUUUCGAGGAGAUUGCGCGCAAGUUUCAGUUUCCCUGGUCGCUGUGUCAGCAGGUGGUGCGCAGCUUCUGGCACAUUAUCUCGGACAACUACGAGAGCUUCAUCAAGUGGCCCAACUCCUUGGAGGCACAACAGAACACAUUGCAAGGCUUUCAGAGUGUGCCGCAGCUGAGUUGCUUCCACGAACUGUUCGGCAUCAUAUCCCUGAAGCGCCUGGACAUCUUCCUGGAGUGUGAGCAUGCUGAGGUGGCCGUAGUACUACAGCUAAUUUGCAAUGCGGAGCGCAAGAUCAUCGACUGCUAUGUGGAGCUGGAGCAGGAGUACAGCUUCGAGGAGUCGCCCAUUGGACAAACAUUGGCACUAAAUCCGCGCACGAUGCCAGCAGGCAGCUAUCUGAUUGGCAGCAACAGUUUUCCACUGAAAUCUUACCUGGUGCGACCCAUUGAGGCCGAGUGCUUUCGAAAGGACAUCGUCUUCAAUGGCCUGCUGGAGCCGGCAUUCCAACUGGCCGACAAUGUUAAUGACACUUUGGCGCGUCGCUUUCACACUUUGUAUGCGUUGGAGGCGCGGGACUUGAAUGAGGUGCGGCUUGUUGUGGAAAGCAUUUGUGCGUUGCACAAUCUAUGUGUGGAUUUCCUCGACAAUUACCUUGGAACGGAUGUGAGUGAUCAGAAUAAAUUCAACUGGGGCGGAGAGCUGCCAGUGCGUCGAGGUAGCGAGAAGGAUAUAAAAGGACUUCGUCGACGGAUGGAACUGCUCGAUGCAUUGGUCAAAACUGAUGAUGGGGAAUAGAAUUAAGUAUAUGUAUACUUUAAAUAAAAAGAUGUAAUAAAUAAAAGCAUG